CAUUUCUGCAAUUUUCAGCACUAUAGAGGGGUAUAUCGGUCUUUUCAUCUCAUACGAUCACCCGUCUUCAAGAGUAGCAGAUUCACAGAAGCCAGGGAAAAAAGAAAAAAAUAUCAGAGUAGAAGAAUAUAGAAAUUGAACAAACCCUAAGUGAACUCUCUCUCUCUCUCUCUCUCAAAUUGUUUCAACUCGUCGUCUCAAACCUCACUUUCUUGACUUUCUCAUUUCCAAUUCCCAAUCAGUAACCAGAAAAUUCACUUUCUCUUCCAUGUGUAUAUAUAAUUGUGUACAGAUUCUCUGUAUUUAGUCCAAAAUUCCCACAAACUACACUCCUUUAUUUCUCCCGUGAAUUGCGCAAUUUAGCCGGAUCAGAAAGUUUUGGCCUUGAAUUUGCUGUAAUUGCUCCGAUUACGGUUUUCCGGGGUGCUCAAUUUUCUGUGAAAAGCUAGAAAUCGGAAUUUAUGGCGGUUUCGACCAUAGCGCUCUACUCGAGUCCGCCGAGUAGCGUGUGCUCUGCUUCGCACCAGAUCAGCUCCCACGCGUCGUACGAUUUGGAUGUGAACAGCCGGUCAACGUCGUCGGCGUCGGCAUCGCCGUCGCAGAAGCCAUUGAUGGGUGGCCUGUCGUGCUUGUUUGCGUCGCCGGCGAUCAAAUCGGCGAGUUAUUCGUCUGGAGCGGAGGAUUUGGGUGCUCUGUGGCAUGACAGGACCGAGGAAUUGGGGUCCUCGUUUCGGUACUCGUCGUUGAGUUCGUCUAUGAAGCGAGAUCAGGCGCACCAGAGUCCGGUUUCCGUGCUUCAAGGCCUGAAUAAUUCAAUUGCGUCGGGUUCUCGGAGCCCGCCCAUGAGAAUUAGCGCGGAUUUAAGCUCAAUUAGGUCGGGGAGCGGGGGGAUGUUUAAAGGAUUCGUGAGGCACGCGUUGGGCUCGUGUGUUGAUUACGAUUCUGCGCCUUUAGAUUUGAAUGUGAAGGACUUUGAUUUGUCCUCGUCGUCGAAUGCUUUGUCUGCAGAUGAGCUUACUUUUAACAUGGACGAGAAUUUCAUGGCGAUGGAUUUGCCGGCCUAUGCGAAAGGUUUACUUUCCGAAGCGCAGUCGAAGAACUCGAUUUUUAGGGAUGAUUUCGUUGUUAAGGCUUUUUAUGAAGCGGAGAAGGCUCAUAGAGGCCAGAAACGGGCAAGUGGUCAUCCUUAUUUGCAGCAUUGCGUCGAAACGGCAGCUCUGCUGGCGAACAUAGGCGCCAGUUCUACAGUUGUUGCUGCAGGGCUUUUGCACGACGCUGUUGAUGAUUCUUUCCUCACCUUCGAUCAUAUAUCGAGGUCUUUCGGAGCUGGAGUUGGUGAUUUAGUUGAGGGGGUAUCUAAGCUGAGCCAACUGAGCAAGCUUGCACGCGAGAACAACACCGCCUGUAAAACUGUUGAGGCAGAUCGACUGCACACCAUGUUCCUUGCGAUGGCAGAUGCAAGGGCUGUUCUGAUAAAGCUUGCUGAUCGAUUGCACAAUAUGUUGACCUUGGAUGCGUUGCCGUUGAUCAAGCAACAAAGAUUUGCUAAGGAAACUUUGGAAAUAUUUGUUCCUCUUACCAAUAGAUUAGGUAUCUCGACUUGGAAAGAGCAGCUAGAGAAUCUGUGUUUCACAUAUCUCUAUCCGGACCAUCAUCAAGAGUUGUCCUCCAAACUUCUGAAGUCCUUUGACGAGGCUGCGAUUACUUCUUCUUUGGAGAAGUUGGAGGAAGCACUGAAGGAUGCUGGGAUUUCAUACCACUGUGCAUCAGGCCGCCAUAAGAGCUUGUACAGCAUCUAUUCCAAAAUGUCAAAAAAGAAGCUGAAUAUGGAUGAAAUUCAUGAUAUUCAUGGAUUAAGGCUAAUUGUUGAAACUGAAGAAGACUGCUAUAAAGCUCUAAGAGUUGUCCAGCAGCUUUGGCAUGAAGUGCCCGGAAGGUUCAAAGACUACAUUGUUCGUCCUAAGUGUAACGGAUACCAAUCUCUACACACAGUAGUCACAGGCAAGGAUAUGGUGCCCCUUGAAGUUCAGAUUCGAACAAAAGAGAUGCAUCUGCAAGCCGAGUAUGGUUUAGCUGCUCAUUGGAGGUACAAAGAAGGAGAUUCCCAAUACUCUUCCUUCGUACUUCAGAUGGUUGAAUGGGCACGUUGGGUGAUGACGUGGCAGUGCGAGGCAAUAAGCAAAGACCGGUCCUCUGUUGGUUUUGACGACUCCAUGAAGCCACCUUGCACCUUCCCUACCCAUUCUAAAGAUUGCACCUUUUCGUGCAAACCCCUUUGUGGCGCUGAUGGUCCCAUCUUCGUUAUCAUGAUCGAGAACGAUAAGAUGUCUGUUCAAGAGUUUCCAGCAAACUCAUCAGUAAUGGAUCUGCUGGAGACAGCCGGUCGAGGCAGUUCUAGGUGGACUUCAUACAGAUUUCCUGUUAAGGAGGAACUAAGGCCGCGGCUGAACCAUAAGCCCGUCAGUGAUCCCACCUGCAAGCUGAAAAUGGGCGACGUCGUGGAAUUAACUCCAGCCAUACCGGACAAGUCGCUGACAGAGUACCGGGAAGAAAUCCAGCGGAUGUACAACAGAGGUGCGACGCCGUUGGCUGCCGGUUCCAUGGCUAGCUUCAGAAGCUGACCCCUUCUCACCUGAAUUCAUUCUUUGGUAGUCUUACAUUUGAUAACACAAAAAAGAAAUAGGUAUUCUUGUACAUAAGCAUUUGUAAAGAACAGUUCAUGUUGUGUUAUGAAGGGAAUUAUUUACCCAA